AUGUCGAGUGAAAAGCAUAACAUUAAGAAGGUCGAGCAAGUUCUAGAUUCUCCACUACAAGAAAUGUUGGAGACAGUAAGCGGGGAUGCUGUUACUAUCACUUGGAAGACGUGGGCAGUUAUCUUCGUAUUAUCCUCAACGUUCGGUCUCAGUUUCUGGCCAGUUCCAACCACUGCUGCACUCCAGACCAAGCUCGCGACUGCGUUCGGUGACCCGACUUCCUCGGCCUGGUAUGUUCCUGCAUAUACGACUGGAAACGCGAUAGGCUUCUUGAUAGCCGGCGCAAAUUCUGACUUGUUUGGGCGUCGACCAUUCCUCCUUUUCGGUAAUGUCACUUGUUGUAUGGGAUUCAUUGUCAUUGCGACUGCGCACGGAGCAUCGCAAUUCACUGCUGGACUUGCGAUUACCGGUUUUGGAGGUGGAUUUUGUCAGAUGGCAAUGUGCUCAAUCCCUGAGCUGCUUCCAAACAAGUACCGCCACAUCGGUAUAUGUUUAUCUGAUGGCUUUAUCUUUAUCAUCGUUAUCAUUGGGCCUAUUGUUGGGAGGUACGCCAUCGACAAUGGGGAUUGGAAGUACAUCUACUGGGGUGGCUUCAUCGCUCAGUUCUUCUCCCUUGCAGCGCUCUUCGCGUUCUACAAGCCUCCGAAGCAUCCGAAGGGUAUUCCAUGGCAUGAAGCCUACAAAGGGCUCGACUACGUCGGGGCAGCAAUCAUCAUUCCUGGAAUUUGUUUAGCGCUGGUUGGUAUUAUUAACACCACGUAUAAAGCCAGUGACGACGUUACAGUCGUUGCUCCAAUGGCUGUAGGCUUCGUUCUAAUUGCUGCGUUCGGAAUCUGGGAAACUGUCUCGAAUAUUCCGCAUAAGCUUUGCCCGCCGCAUCUCUUCCGCUCUAAAAAUGGUCGUGAAUUUACUGCCCCGUUCAUAGUGGCCUUCAUCGUCACGAUGUUUUACUACUCUGUCAACAUAAUAUGGCCUACAAUGGUCAAUGUCUUCUACAUCACGCCCACGACCUCGAGGAGCACGGAAUUGCUACUUACCCUACCGCCAAAUGUGGGACUCGUGACUGGAGCCUGUCUUUUGAUUGCGUUUGGAAAUGUCUUCAAGCGUUGGUACUGGACUCUGAUUAUUUCUUGGACUGGUAUGACACUCUUUGGGGCCCUCAUGGGUCUGUGUACUCCUUUCAACAAGGGGCUGAUGAUUACCCUCUGUUGUAUCAAUGCAACAUUCUUCGGCUGGGCACAGUACGAGAGUGUGGCUUUCACCCAACUAGGAGUACCACAACAAGAUCUCGGAUUCUCAGGUGGUCUCGCAGGCAUGGCUCGCUACGCAGGUGGUUCUCUUGCUGUCGCAAUCUACACCACUAUUCUUACCAACACUCAAACUACGCGCGCGGCUGCCACCCUACCAAAAGCUGCAAUUGCAGCCGGAAUGACUCCCGAAAACGCGCAAAAGCUCCUCGCUGCAUUCCCCCUCGGAGGUCAAGCCAUUGCAUCCGUUCCUGGGACGACUGCGGAGGCACUCGCUGCUGCAGGCCUCGCAUUCAAAUGGAGUUAUGCUCAUGGGUUGAAGAUCGUUGCGCUAAGUUCGUUGAGUUUCGGUCUAUUGGGGCUGAUUUGUUGCUUCUUGUGUGAGGAUUUGACACCGAAGAUGACGAAUAAGACAGAAGUAUUCCUGGAGAAUGAUGUUUACGCUGAGAAGAACGAGUUCCAUUGA